GAUGUUUACCAAAGAUAUUUAUUUUAACUGUCAUCUGGUAUGCAGGAAUAUCAAAAGAACUUCUUUGCACGUAGAACGAGUGCAGAGAACUAUUGUUGACAAUAAACAUAUUACACGCUUUUGGCAAAAUUUGCCAAGCGCUUGAUUCAUAUACAUGGGACAGUAUUCUUUUGUGGCCAGUACUGACUUUUACAGUUUUUGCGUUGGCUUAGGCUGACUAACAUUUGAGCAUACCGGUGUUUUCACACUUCAACAAUAAACUGCUGGGUAUUGUGUUAUCAUUCAAGUACAGUUUUCUUGCCAAUUAUAGUGAUCUUUGCGUUUGCAGACAAGCGCCGUGUACGUGCCAGAAAAAAAUGUUGUGUAAGUUUUUCGAGCUGUGAAAGAAAGUAAUUUGUGUCUUGUUCCAAAAUUCGGUAAAGCUUUCUGUUUCGAAAGUUAUUUUGGCAGCGCAAUCUGUAAUAUUAGGCAAGCGAAGAUUCGCCAUCAGUAUAUUAUCGUAUAAAUAUUAUAAAUACCUGUAUGAACCGUUGAAUAUAGUGUCAGUGAAAUGUGUAUUAGAUUCAAUGUAUGUGAUGCAGAUGUGCUAUUCCGAAUAUUUUUUGUUGCAAAUAGAGCAUUAAAUGAUAGAUCUGGGUACCUGUUUUUAUCACAGGACGCAUUACUGUAGCAUACACUAAAAUGGGGUCAGAAACGAGUAAACUACCAGAUCUUGAAAUUGAAGAGAGAAAUGUGGAAGUUACUGCUGACUGGACAAUGCAUAGAGCGCACGUGUAUUCAGAAAAACCUUACAGUGUAUCGUUAUUUGUAUUUGAACCGAGUAAUGACGUGAAUGUGAAGAAGACAGUUCUUUUGGAACGCUGUGCAAAAAAUUUGCUAAAGUACCGCCAUCCAUGCAUAUUGAAGUACAUUUCUUCAUAUUGGUCAAAAGGUUCAUUCUACUUGGCGACAGAAGUAGCAAAACCACUUACUCAUGUACUACAAAGCCAGUCUCCUUUGCAGAUUUGUGUUGGACUGCAUUCUAUUCUAAAGGCUAUAAAUUUUCUACAUCGGAAGGCACAAGCAAGCCACAAUAAUUUGUGUCGUGCUGCUGUAUAUGUUAGCCCUGAUGGUGUGUGGAAGCUAGGAGGCUUUGAACACAUGUGCCCCUUUUCAAAACUAAGCCAUGCAUUUUUGCAAAAAGCAAGUGAUAGCAGGUAUCAGAAAGCUAUAGCACCAGAGGAGGAGUCACCAGAAAGUUUACUCAGUUUGCCUACUUCAAUUGACCAGUUUGCCUUUGGUGUUCUAGUUGAAGAAGUUCUGAACUGUGAAAGUGAAGAUGAAGUACCAGCUUUGAAAGAGUUCCUUGAACUAGCAAAGACACAGCUUCAGAAUGUGAGACAUACUUCACGUCCUACAUUAUCUACAUUAUUGACUCAUGAUUUCUUCAGUCAUGACUUCAUUAGAGUUUAUAGUUUUCUUGUGGAAUUGCCUGUUAAAACAGAAGAAGAAAAAAAAUCUUUCUUCAGUUGUCUUGUAGACCAACUACUGACAUUUCCAGAAACUCUUGUCGCAAAACAGCUUAGUGGUUUAUUGUUGGCCCGUCUUGUGUUAUUGGAUUCAGCAGCACAGGAAUGCCUUCUUCCUCACAUUUUGCACCCUAGGAGUGAGAAUGGAGGGAAUGGUCUCCUGUCACCAAAUAUGUACAGACAAUAUAUCGUACCACAGCUAGUACAGAUAUUCUGUGUGCGUGAUGCACAGAUUCGGUUGGUUCUGUUGAAGCAUUUCAAGCACUACUUUCACAUGUUUACUUUGGAACAGUUGAAGAAUCAAAUACUGCCUGAGUUGUUGGUAGGAAUAAAGGAUACAAAUGACCUAUUAGUAACGGCAACACUUUGUGCACUUGCUGAAUUGGUUCCUGUACUGGGUGCAGCAGCUGUCAUAGGAGGAAAACGGGCCCGGCUGUUUACUGAUGGUCGGCCACUGGUUGUGGGGCAUCAGUCCAGAGCCACACAGCUACAGUGUGAUCCAAAUGGUAUUACUAGCUGUGAUGUGCAGCUUUCUGAGAGACCUUCCCCUGACGGUGGAGAAGAUCAUAGCUCUUCAGAUGAGGAAACUGCUGUUUGGUCUGACUGGGAAAACAAUGGAGAGAGUAAUGUUCCAGAUUCUGUAUUAGAAGAGAAACCAAAGCCAUCCACUAGGCAUCAAGAGAAACCAUCACAGACAUUACAUGAUAUCUCGUUCCUGGAUAUUAAAAGUGCUCCUACCAGCAGUCAAGAUGAAUUCAACUAUUUCCAGGAUAUGGAACCAGUAAUAUCGAAGCCACCAGUUGCACAGAUAGAUCAGGACAUUGAACAUGGUGUACAGACUCAUGGGAUUACUUCCAGGCUCUUUGCUGUUGAUACUUCAGAGCAUGAUAAGUGGUUGGCCGAAAGUGAUGGUUGGGGUGAUGACAUAGUUGACUGGGACAACAAUGAAAGUCACAAAGAUGACCUAGAAAAUACAAUUGUGACUUAGUUACAAAACAGAUGAAAACAUAGUUUUGUAAAUGUAUGUUGUGCUACAAAUAAACCCUCCAGAUGUAA